GAAAUCAUAUCAAAUGAUUCAGAGUAUUGGACUUUAUUUGAUAGCAGUGAGUACAACAAGAAUGUCAAGCCUAACAGUCAAGGACCAGUUAUAGUGAAUGUGUCACUCUUUGUUAUGGAUAUUUACGGACUAUCGGAUAUUGACAUGGAUUACACGAUAGACUUGUAUUUGAGGCAGUGGUGGACUGAUAGUCGUUUGCAAUUCAAUGGCACCGUUAAGACCAUAAACUUAGGACCAGAUUAUAUCAAGAAGAUCUGGAUUCCCGACACUUUUAUAGCGAACAGUCGCCAGAUAACACACCAUAACUCAGCAGGGUCUAACCCAAACACUGUUCUCUCGAUUACCAGCGAUGGACUUCUAUUCUAUAGCACCCGUUUAAUAAUCGUGGCCAAUUGUCCUAUGGAUUUGAGCUACUUUCCAAUGGACAGGCAGUUGUGUCAGCUUAAAUUUGAGAGUUACAGCUAUAAUAAUGAACAGAUCCAGUACAAAUGGCUGAACAAAUGGCUGGACGGACCUUCAUUAGCAUCCCGGAUAUCACUUUAUAAUUUUCGUAUUGAAAGGGAUUAUAAAGUGACACACAUUGAGAAUAUCAAUACAGACUCGUUUUCAAUUUUAACCUAUGGCUUUGUAUUGAAGCGUUCACUUGGCUUUUACCUGAAUCAGGUGUAUAUCCCGGCCUUCAUGGUUGUGGUUAUAUCGUGGUUACCCUUCUGGAUGGACAAACGGGAUACACAGGCCAGGGUUGGACUCGGGAUCACCACUGUUUUGGCCAUCAUUACGCUCGUAACCAACACUAACGCAACUCUGCCUAAGAUAUCGUAUAUGAAGUCAAUUGAUAUCUAUUUGGGCUUUUGUUAUGCAAUGGUUUUCUCAUCACUUGUUGAGUAUACAGUUGUCGGCUAUUUUCAGAUCAGUUGCUGUAACAAAGUGUCUGAUGUU